CCCGAACCACGCCGUCCGGUCCAUCCCCGAGCAGUAGCCAGCGCAGCCACAGGCGACAGAGACAUGCCGGCGACGCCGACCAUCAUCGGUGCCCUGCUGGGGCUGGGCACCCAGAUGUACUCCAACGCCCUCCGCAAGCUUCCCUACAUGCGCCAUCCCUGGGAACAUGUACUGGGAAUGGGCCUGGGUGUAGUGUUUGUUAACCAACUCGUGAAGUGGGAUGAGAAGCUCAAGCAGGACCUUGACAAGAUGCUUGAGCGUGCAAAACAAGCCAACGAGCAGCGCUACUUUGAUGAAGACGACGAUUAGUUAUUCAUACCGGUAACCAGGCAUUUUGCAGUUUGCUUUGGUCGGAGAACAUGGUCUGGAUCAUCCAUCUGGUGUUUCUGUAAGAAAACGGGUUCAGUGGUUCGUCUGUGGUACUGUAAUAAACUGAUGUUUCACACAGUAUGUGAUCCUUCACUUGUAUGAGACCAUUUUUUAUGGUACUUGAAUCUGAUUGGUUACCUUCUCUGAUUCAUAAUUGUUCAGUCCAAACGAUGACCAUGAGAAACAUAACGAGAUUUGGUCGUUCA